AUGGCUGAACCCAAUACACCUCAAAAUGUUCAUCCUCCUUCUUCUUCUUCUUCUUCAGCUAAAGUUCCAGCUGACAUGAACAAUGGCCACGCCAACAACACCAACAAAAGUUUAUCGGGCCAAAAGAUCCACUACCCGAACCCGCCCGACGCAUCAAACCCUGACCCGGCAACGCUCAGAGAGCAAUGGAAGUUCGCCAUCAGGCAGUAUAGCAAAUGGUACUCCCACGCCUGGGGCACCGCCAUUCUCGCUGGAGUUUCCUUUUUUGCCCUCGGUUGGGUCAUCAAGGGCUCCAAUCCUCUGCCCUCUUUUAGCCGCCAUGACGAUUCUCCUCCUCCUCCCGACAAAGCCGAUGAAGCUCCACGCUGA